AUAACCGUCGGGUACAUUGUAUUUCAUAUAUAAAUAACCGUCAGGUACAUUGUAUACGACUACCAUGAUUUAUAUUAAUAUUACUUGAUAUAUGUUUUAGGUUACACUCCCAGUGCCAUUAUAGUGUUAUAAUCUGCAGUAAGGUCUAUAAAACCAGAACGGUUCCUAAUAAUCUAAGUAUAAAGUUGUUUUUAAUAAUAAUUCAUUUCUAAUUUGGUAGACAUUAGUAUUUGUAUAAUAAUCGCAUUUCUUUAGAGCCCAUGGGAAAACCAAAAAUAGAGUUGAAAGCAGUUGAAAGAAAUGAGAUCAUCUUACAAUUGUUGCAUUCUGAGCGAGUUCAGUGUGAUGAUAUACUUCGGUAUCAAGUGCGAUACCAAAGCGAAGAUGGAAAUGAACGGGUCAUUGUCAACACAACGGACAGUUCUCAAACAGAAGUCAAGAUAUCAGGGUUAUCAGAAUGUGUUGCUUACAACGUCGAUUCUAGAGUUGUUAAUAACGGAGAGAUUAUUGGUAAUUGGGGAGAGCACAUACGUGUACAAAUAGCACCCUCCGCGCCCUCAAUCAUAAAAGAUUCAGUUUUAAAGGAGACGUAUUUAUUGAUGAAAUGGAAUGCUACCUGUAUCAACCAAGAUCAGGUGAUGUACUAUUAUGAACUAUCAGGUGGAAUUCUUCAUAAAGGAAAUACAACAGAAACCGAAGUUCUUAUAAAUGACGGAAUUGUACCAUGUUCACGGUAUACGUUUACAGUGUUUGCAUCCCAUUUGGGCGUGAACGGAACAACCGAUAAUGAAACUGUCUUUUCAGAUGUGGACUAUCCUGGUAAACCAUACAUUACUUCUUUAGCUUCAACGUCUUCGUCAAUCACAAUUACGUGGACAACUCCUGAUGUUAAUCCGUGCACAAUUCUACAAUACAAAGUGUUCGUUUACAGUAGUGUGACCAAUUUCAACAUGAAUGUCACAGACACUUCACUGUCAAUAACUGAAGAUGUCAAGCUAAAUACGAAUUACUACGUCAGGGUAGCAGCCAUGACGCAAAAGGGCUACGGUGAUUUCUCAGAUAUUGAAAGUGUAUCUACGAAUAACGAUAAUCCUAACGUCGGUGCUGUUAUAGGUGGUUUGGCGGGAGGUUUAUCUGUGGUAAUAUUUGGAAUUGUUGUAUUUAUUUAUGUUCAACGACGCAGCAAUUCAAACAAAGAUGUUGUUAGAACACCUUAUAUUCAACAAGAGAUAGUUCACGACAUAGAAAAUGAGAUAAUGCCUAUUGUGGAGGGUCAUGCUAAUUCAGUUGAAGCAAAAUGCUUAGAUGAUGAUGUUGAUUUUGAUCCUCCGAUUGAAAAUGUGUACGCCAACGCUGAACCAAUUUAUGGAAAUACAAACUUGGAAAAUCAAGAAUACAAGCCAAUUGAGUUAGAAAAGCUGCAUGAUUACAUCCUAAAACGAAACAUGAGCUUAGAAAACGGAUUUGAGAAGGAAUUUGAGGACCUUGGCAACAAGCCUUUGUACCCUUGGACAGCUGCGAAAAACUCUAAGAAUAAGACAAAAAACAGAUACGCAAAUGUUAUUCCAUAUGAUAACUCUCGUGUAGUGCUUGGUCUCUGGAAUAACAUUCCUGAGUCAGACUAUAUAAAUGCCUCGUAUAUAGAUGGAUAUACGGCACCACAUGAGUUUAUUGCAUGUCAAGGUCCAACUGUUGCAUCAGUCAAUGAUAUGUGGAGAAUGAUUUGGCAGAAAAAUUCUACGAUUAUUGUGGUAGUUACCAAUGUCGUUGAAGGAACCAAGAGAAAAUGUGAGCAAUACUGGCCAGAUCAAAACGAUAGUAAUGUAUACGCAAAUAUUGCUGUAACGAACGGCGGCGAGACCAACUAUAGGAACUAUGUGGUUCGAAAUCUACAACUUCAAAAGGUUGGGACGGAAGAGGUACAUAGUGUAGUUCAGUAUCAUUUCACUGAUUGGCCAGAUAAGAGUGUUCCCCGCCCUGUUCCACAUUUGAUUGACUUCAUCUACGCGUUUAGGUCAGCACAGCGGAAUUCUCCAAGCGACAGUGGACCAGUCAUAGUACACUGCAGUGCUGGAGCUGGUAGGACUGGUACAGUUAUUGUAAUCGCUUCAAUGCUGGACAUGGCAAAGCAAGAAGGGAAGGUGGAUGUAUUCAAUUUUGUGCGAAGCAUGAGAGAGAAACGUAUCCAAAUGGUGCAGACUGAGGAGCAAUACAAGUUCAUCUAUGCCGCUUUACUUGAAGAGUUGUUCUGUGGACAGACACAAAUUCCAGUAACUGAUUUAAACCAAGUAAUCCUCGACCAGCAACAAGUGCAUGGACCGCCCUCAACUAUUGAGUACCAACUAAAGACUUUAAACAGUAUAUACCCGUGUCCUACUGAUGAUCGUACAUCGCAUGCAAGAUUGCCCGACAACAUAUUGAAGAAUCGUUCCAAAGAUGUCUUACCACUAAAUAAAGCUCGCCCUUUCUUGAUGACUCCAUGUGUCAACGGAAAUGAUUACAUCAACGCAUCAUUCUGUGACGGCUACAACAAGCGUAACGCGUUUAUUGUUGCUCAGGCUCCAAUGUCUGAGCCUGCCGACACAACUGUUGAUUUUUGGCGUUUAGUGUUAGAUUACAAGACAGACAUAAUCGUACAACUGAAUAACAAAGAUGAAACUUGCUCUGAAUACCUUCCUCAACGGAUGAAUGAAGAGCUGAAGAUUGAUACAUUUACCAUUAUAAUCAAAUCUUCUGAGCAGAACGACUUAAUGGUCGAACGAAAACUCAUGCUACAGAAGGACAAUAAAACACAAGAGAUUCUGCACUUCGAGUUUCGGCAGUGGUCUAAAGCAGAACCUGUUCCGAAGGUUGAAUCGUUUAUCAGGUUUAUUGCAGCCGUUCAACGCGGUCACAUUCCUCAAAGUAAUCGGCCAAUCAUCAUUCACUGCCUGGAUGGCACGGUUCGAUCAGGAUUGUUUUGCUCUGUAUAUUCAAUAAUCGAUAAAAUCAAAGAAGAGAAAAUUGUGGAUGUAUUCCAAAUACUCAAAACCCUGCGAUCAGUUUGCCCUGCAAUGGUUAACACUAAGGUGCAGUAUAGAUUUUGCUACGAUGCAGCGCGGUGUUACCUUGACGGAUUCGAAGCUUAUGUCAACUUUUAGUUAUAUCAAAAUCUAUAUGUUACUCAGAAGACACAUUUGAUAGUGUUAAUUUAAUUGUUAGAUUGGAUAAGUAUUAUCAGUCAUUAAAAAAAAUUAUUACUCAUAAUAUCAUUAUUUUCACACCAAAAUUCAAGAAAAGUUCAACAAUUACAGAAUGCCAACAAAUGCAAUCUCUA